UGGUAUGUUGAGCUGGACAUCAGAGCCUGAAAAUGAGUGAUGAUGAGAGUAGUAGUGAUUGUUCUUGUUGUUCACCGCUGGACUCGGGACUGUGCGAGAUCAAGCCGGGUGAUGAAGAAGCGCAAGCUCUUUGUGACAAGGUGAAAGAAGAGUUUUUGAAGCGGGCCGUUGUGAGCGCCUCCACUUUCGUGGCCGUCUCCUACAGAGUUCAGAACGUUGCCGGCAAGUUUUACUUCAUCAAGGUCCUGUAUGGAGACGACGUGUACGCUCACCUCACCGUGUAUAAACCCAUUGCUAUGUCAAGGAGGGAACCGUCUUUGCAGAAUUACCAGAUGGACAGGACCAAGGAUGAUGAUAUUGAAGAGAUUUUCUGAAGCCAUGCUAGCUAUUCAUUCUGUUCUGUGAAAAGAAUACAAGACAUUGCCUGAAUGGAGAAGGUGGAGAGAGAGCGACCCGCUGUGAGAAUCUUUCUCCAGCCAGAACUGUAACUCUCUGUGUGGGAUGUCCGGAGCUUACUGUACUGUGCGGGCUGAAUCAAAGUACAAGUUUUACUGAACCCAGCAGCAGUCACACAUGGGGCACAUGCCAUCAGUGGCAAUUUAGUUUUACCUUUUUAAUUUAUUUUUUUCCUUGAUCUUUAUAUGUAUAUUGCCGGGACUCCGCAAUACAUUACAGCCGCGAGCAGGUUAAAAUUACUUUUUGUUCUUUAGAAAUGUUGUUUUGCUGUGGCACUGUAAAACACAUCACACAGAUGCGCCACUUUACAGGUAGACUAAGGACACAAUAUUUAAAGGAAUAUUUAAUUUGUUUUGCUUU